CCUACUGCGAAUCGGUCGUCCUUUCAGUACUUCCCCCUAGGGGGCGCUGAGAUGUCACAACCCGGGAUUCGGUCUUGUCAUGAAGCACUCCCAAGGCAAGUUGCUGUUCUUGCUCUUGUUUCUUCCCAGGAAGAUGAAAUGGAAAGAGAGCAAAAGCAAAUGAUAAAGGAGGCUUUUGCCGGGGAUGAUGUCAUCAAGGAGUUCCUAAAAGAGAAGAGGGAAGCUAUCCAGGCCAGUAAGCCAAAGGACAUGGACCUGACCUUGCCUGGCUGGGGAGAGUGGGGCGGGAUGGACCUGAAGCCCAGUGCCAAGAAAAGACGCCGGUUUCUUAUUAAAGCCCCUGAAGGUCCUCCGAGAAAAGAUAAGAAUUUGCCCAAUGUGAUUAUCAGUGAGAAGGGCAACAUCCAAGCUGAAGCUCACCAGGUAGGUUCAGAGCACUCUCUACUUGUCUGAUUCCCACUACCUGCU